CCAUGGCUGUGCCCCCAAUGGGCACCGGUCCCCCUUUGGGUGCUGCUUCACAGUCCUCCAGGGUGGCGGCUUCCUGGCGGGAGGGCAGCAUGAUGUGCAGAACCAUGAUGGGCAGCAGCGGCUGCUUUGGCUUCAGCAGUGGCGGGAAGCGGGUCAGGGAGCUGAUGACCCCGUGGAUCCCAUCAGAGCGUCCAUCUGGCGCGGCAGUGAUUGGGCCUUAUGGAGACGAGCUGCCCUGGCCCGUCGGGCCGCGCCACUGGGGCCGAUGCCCAACGAGGAUGUGGACGUGAGCCGGCUGGCCUCGCUGGAAAAGUACCGGAGCUUCGACCGCUACCGGUGCCGGGCAGAGCGGGAGGCCAAGGCACCGCACUGGUGGAAAACCUACAAGGACUACUUCGGGGAGGAGCCAGAUCCCGAAGACCAGGUGGACAUCGGGCUGCCCCCCGCCCAGACUCAUCGGCAGCAGCAGCUCCGGGAGCGGAAGCAGCUCUUGAAGCAGAUCCGGAGCUCCCCAGAGCAGGAGAGAGCGGCCCGCCUCCGGACGGCCCUGAUCCCCCUGGAGGAGGUGAAGGCCGAGUGGGAGAGGACCGCCGGCCCCUACCACAAACAGCGUGUGGCUGAGCACUACGGCCUGUAUCGGGACCUGUUCCGAGGAGCCACCUUCGUGCCCCGUGUCCACCUCAGGGUCGCUUACAGCCUCGACCAGGACUACGUAAUGCCUGUGUACCACGGGAACGAGGUCACCCCCACCGAGGCCUUCAGUGCCCCCGAGGUGACGUACGAGGCCGAGGAGGGCUCCCUGUGGACGCUGCUGUUCACUAGUCUGGAUGGGCACCUCCUGGAGCCGGACGCCGAAUACGUCCACUGGCUGGUGACCAACAUCCCGGGGAACCAGGUGGCCGCGGGCCAGGAGCAGUGCCACUACCUGCCCCCCUUCCCCGCCCGGGGGACCGGUUUCCACCGCCUCGUCUUCCUCCUCUUCAAACAGGAUCAUCUCAUUGACUUCUCUGAGGACACUCGGCCCUCGCCAUGCUCCAGCCUGGCCCAAAGAACCUUCCGCACCUUCGACUUCUACAAGAAGCACCAGGACUCCAUGACUCCGGCCGGCUUGGCCUUCUUCCAGUGCCGCUGGGAUGAUUCGGUCACCAGCGUCUUCCACCGGCUGCUGAACAUGCGGGAGCCAGUGUUUGAUUUUGUGCGGCCGCCCCCGUACCACCCCAAACAGAAGAAGUUCCCCCACCAGCAGCCGCUGCGCUACCUGGAUCGCUACAGGGACAGCCAGGAGCCCAGCUACGGCAUCUAUUGAGUUGGGGCGGGCUGGGGGCUGCAGCCCUGCCCAGGCCUCCUGCCGGCCCGGACCCCGUGGGACGUGGGUUGG